AUGGCCUUCUUCCCACUUCUUGCUAUUUCUGUGAUUCUUUUCGAUUCUUGGUCUUAUGCAGCAACACAACAGUUCUCCAUUGAGCUGGCAUGGGCAACAAGGGCACCCGACGGAUUCGAACGGCCGCAGAUCCUAGUCAAUGGACAAUCUCCUGGGCCAGCGCUUGUCAUCGACCAGUACGAUGAGGUGGAGUUUCUCGUCUGCAACAAGUUGAAUGAAUCGACUCCAGUUCAUUUUCAUGGCAUUGAACAGCUUAAUACCCCUUGGUCCGAUGGAGUCCCCGGCCUGUCCCAAAAGCCCAUCCCACCGCAAGGGGAGUUUCUAUACAAGUGGACCGCUACCGAAUAUGGCACCUACUGGUACCAUGGCCACUAUCGAUCACAGUUGAAUGACGGCUUAUUUGGACCAAUCUACGUCAGACCAUGUGCCACACAGGCAAUGCCAUUCAGCAAGAUCAGCAGCGAUCCUGGUGUGUUGGCAUCGCUGGCAAGAGCAGAAGAGAACCCACAGCUCGUUACAAUCUCAGACUGGAGCCAUGUCACGUCGGCAGAGUAUUUGCAGAUCGAGAACGCCACCAAUGCAGACGUCUACUGUACGAACAGUAUACUCAUCAAUGGUAAAGGAAGAGUCGACUGCUUGACCGAAGCCCAACAGCAUCAAGCGUUGGCUCCUCCCUUUCAGGCACUCUUCGACGGUCCGUUGCAGGGCACCUGGAUGAGUGAGAAUGGCUGCUCGCCUUUCACGCCGGUUACCCAGGCCAACUACACGGCAAAUCUCAGCGCGCUGCCGGAGAUAAUCACUGGUUGCCAGGCUACCAACUCGCCUUUGCAAGAGUUCGACGUCGAUCCACGAGACGGAUGGGUCUCGUUCAACUUCAUCAGCGCCACGGCUAUCCAAGCACCUGUCCUGUCCAUCGACGAGCAUCCCAUGUGGGUAUACGCCGUGGACGGUCGCUAUGUCGUGCCCCAAAAAGUCGAUGGACUCCAGAUCUUCAACGGCGAACGCUACUCGGUCAUGGUACAACUCAACAAACGCCCAGGCUCCUACACCAUACGAGCGAGCAACUUCGGCCUAAACCAACUAAUCAGCGGCUUCGCAACGAUGAAAUACACCCGAGGAGGAGGAGGUCGAGGCUGGCACAACGGCGGCUGGGGCCGAAAUGGCCAAAACCGCAACCCCUGGAAACAAACCCCCUCAACUCCCUCCUUCACCUACGGCGGCUUCCCCAUCUCCCCCAACAUAACCCUCCUAAACGAAACCCUCCUCCUCCCCUUCGAAAACGCCCCACCAUCCCGCCGCGUCGACCAAACGCACAUCCUCCGCCUCGCCCGCGCCGGCGCCCCCUGGAAAUGGACUCUCGACGGCACAACCUCCUACCCAAUGCAGCCCGUCGAAUUCGCCGAAAACGCCCCCCUCCUCUACAACCCCACGAGCAUCGACGCCCAAACCCCCAACCUCGUCAUCCGCACCCAAAACAACACCUGGAUCGACCUUAUUAUCGUCUCCACCGAACCCCUCGGCCCACCGCACCCGAUGCACAAACACAGCAACAAAGCCUACGUAAUCGGCUCCGGCGUCGGGGUCUGGAACCACACCACCGUGGAGGAAGCCGCGCUCGCGCAGCCGCAGGCGUUCAAUUUCGAGACGCCGUUGCUGAGGGAUGGGUAUAUCACGCCGGCGGCGGCCGGGGCGCCGACGUGGUUGGCGAUUAGGUAUCAUGUUGUUAAUCCCGGGGCGUUCAUGCUGCAUUGUCAUAUUCAGCCGCAUUUGGCCGGGGGCAUGGCGGUGGCGUUUUUGGAUGGGGUGGAUGCUUGGCCGGUCGUGCCUGGGGAGUAUGGGAAGAAUGGGGGAGGGGGGAAUGGGAUUGGGAGGUAG